AUGGGAACAGCCAACAACAGUCCAUCAGCCACAAACCUCUUCGAGGAAAUGAAAAAUUACACCCAGCCUGAUGUCCUGUGUCACACGUUUGACCUCCUCUCCAACCUUCACAAGUUGCUCCCAAAUCAUCUGGUAGAAGUGCUUCAUUCCUACAGAAGUGAAGACGACAAAAUUAAAUGUGAGAAUUCCGAAUUCUCGGGUUUGGAAAAGAUUUUAGCAAGACAUCAGUUGCCGAAAGAGGUUAGUCUGACUCCAAAGCCCAGCAAAAUGCCCUCAUGGAAAAGAAAAACUAUCAACAAUAUAAGCGGCAACUGGAGGAAAUGUCACAUGUGGAAGAAAAACACAUACGAGCCACCCAUGUGCACAAUCAUUGUUAGGUGGGCAAAAAAGAACUUGCAACCCUCCGAGGACCUCAAGUCAGUGAUGCAAAGACUGUCCGCACUAGGCCCAAUUAUCUCAGUCACUCCUUGUGGACGACAAAGUGCUGUUGUCGUGUACAAAGAUACGACCUCGGCUUGCAAGGCUGUGAGUGCUUUUCAGAAAAUGUCUGCAGGCACAAUGUUCCAGUGCUCAUGGCAGCAUCGAUUCAUGUCAAAAAAGUCUUUCCAUCCCCUCUUCUGCAACUUCCCCUGA